AUGGCCAGCUUUCCCCCGAGGGUCAACGAGAAAGAGAUCGUGAGAUCACGUACUAUAGGUGAACUUUUAGCUCCAGCAGCUCCUUUUGACAAGAAAUGUGGUCGUGAGAAUUGGACUGUUGCUUUUGCUCCAGAUGGUUCAUAUUUUGCUUGGUCACAAGGGCAUCGUACAGUAAAGCUUGUUCCGUGGUCCCAGUGCCUCAAGAACUUUCUCCUGCAUGGCACCAAGAAUGUCACUAAUUCAAGCAGUUUAAGAUUGUCAAGACAAAAUAGUGAUGGUGGCCAGAAAACAAAACCUGGUGAACAUACUAUAGACUGUGGAGACAUAGUUUGGAGUCUUGCUUUUGGCUCUUCCAUUCCAGAAAAACAGAGUCGCUGUGUAAAUAUAGAAUGGCAUCGAUUCAAAUUUGGACAAGAUCAGCUACUCCUCGCCACAGGGUUAAACAAUGGGCGUAUCAAAAUAUGGGAUGUAUAUACAGGAAAACUCCUCCUUAACUUGGUAGACCAUACAGAAGUGGUCAGAGAUUUAACUUUUGCUCCAGAUGGGAGCUUGAUCCUGGUAUCAGCUUCAAGAGACAAAACUCUGAGAGUAUGGGACCUGAAAGAUGACGGAAACAUGAUGAAAGUAUUGAGGGGGCAUCCGAACUGGGUGUACAGCUGUGCAUUUUCUCCUGAUUCGUCUAUGAUGUGUUCAGUUGGCGCCAGUAAAGCAGUUUUCCUUUGGAAUAUGGACAAAUAUACCAUGAUACGAAAACUAGAAGGCCAUCACCAUGAUGUUGUAGCUUGUGACUUUUCUCCUGAUGGAGCAUUGCUGGCUACUGCAUCGUAUGAUACUCGAGUCUAUAUAUGGGACCCAUAUACUGGAGACAUUCUCAUGGAAUUUGGGCACCUGUUUCCCCCUCCUACUCCAAUAUUUGCUGGUGGAGCAAAUGACCGAUGGGUGCGUGCUGUGUCUUUUAGUCAUGAUGGACUGCAUAUUGCAAGCCUUGCUGAUGAUAAAAUGGUGAGGUUCUGGAGAAUUGAUGAAGAAUAUCCAGUACAAAUUGCAUCUUUGAGCAAUGGUCUGUGCUGUGCUUUUUCUACUAAUGGCAGUGUUUUAGCUGCUGGGACACAUGAUGGAAGUGUGUAUUUUUGGGCCACUCCAAGGCAAGUUCCUAGCCUUCAACAUUUGUGUCGUAUGUCAGUCCGGAGAGUGAUGACCACCCAAGAAGUUCAGAAGCUGCCAGUUCCUUCCAAAGUUUUAGAGUUUCUUUCCUAUUAUAUUUAG